GCUUUAACCCAUCCGACUUUAGUUUCUGUCCUCGGAUCGACGCGAAAUCCUGUCAAGAUGCUGCGCUACUCAUAUAAUAUGAAUGCUGUAGACGCGACGCGACGCUUUCACCUGUAAUGUCUAGCGACUCAAUCGCGCAGAGGAACGAAUAGUUCUCGAAACAGUGAUAUUCAGCAUGUAGAAUGGACGGCAAUACAAACAUCGCGUUUAAAACCACUGGAUGCUCUUGGUUAAGUCCAGUCAGUGAUCUGGUUGGAGUACCACUGGAUCAGGUCAAUUUUAUUGCAUGUCAGGUGUUUGGACUUGCAGCUGCAUUCUGGUUUCGUCUCUAUCUCAAUCCUAAGCAUGCAAGCAUUGAGAUUCGACAUGCUGUUGCUGCCCUCUUUGGAGCUUCAAUCAUCAUGUUUUGCUUUGGCUGGUAUGCGGUACACAUCUUCAUCCUUGUGUUGGCUUGCUAUGGAAUUAUGCUCAAAGCAAGCCUCCAUAAUGUUCACAGAUAUACCAUGAUUGCAUCAGUUGGAUACCUCACAUUAUGCCAAGUCUGUAGAGUCUUCAUAUUCAACUAUGGCAUCCUGUCCACGGAUUUCUCAGGUCCAUUGAUGAUAAUAACACAGAAGAUCACCACACUCGCCUUUCAGAUGCAUGACGGGAUGUGUCGAAAGAAGGAGGACCUAAUGGAGGAUCAGAGGCGUCUGGCAGUACACUCUAAGCCAUCACUGUUGGAGUAUCUUAGCUACAAUAUAAAUUUUUUGAGUGUCCUGGUGGGGCCCUUCAGUAACUAUAAAGACUACGUGGAGUUCAUAGAGGGCCAGGAUGCUCAUCACAAGCUGAGGAGAGUGAAAGCCAGCAGCCCGCAGCAGAACGGGUGGGACAGAGUGCCCGAGCCAUCGCCUGUGAGGCCAGUGAUUAAAAAGCUAAUUGUGUGCGUUGGCUCUCUGCUCUGGUUCUUCAUCAUCACCAAAGCAUUCCCCAUAACCUACAAUGUAGACCCACACUUCAUCAGUGAGGCCUCUUUCUUUAGCAGACUGGCCUAUGCCUUCAUAUCCAUUCAGGCAGCCAGACCCAAGUUCUACUUUGCAUGGACCCUCGCGGAUGCUGUUCAUAACGCAGCAGGGUUUGGAAUCAGUGGUGUGGAUAAUAGGGGGGAAGUUUCCUGGGAUCUUGUCUCCAAUGUUCACAUCUGGCAGAUUGAGACAGCGACAAGUUUCAAAUCAUUCAUAGACAAUUGGAAUAUACAGACUGGUUUGUGGCUGAAAAGUGUGUGUUACGAUCGAGCGCCUUAUUACCGUACGCCCCUCACGUUUGUGCUGUCAGCCAUCUGGCACGGACUGUACCCAGGAUACUAUUUUACCUUCAUCACAGCUAUACCCAUCACCUUUGCAGCCCGCGCAGUGCGCAGAACUUUCCGGCACUAUUUCUUGUCUUCCCGCCAGCUCAAGUUCUGCUAUGAUGUGGUGACAUGGGCUGCCACUCAGCUUACUAUCUGCUACACUGUAAUGCCCUUCCUCCUGCUGGCAGUGGAGCCAACCAUGCAGUAUUACAGGUCGAUGUACUUUCAUGUGCACAUCAUCAGCAUUCUGGCUAUGAUCCUCCUGCCCAGCAAACCCAGGGGCUCCAAGACUGAAAGCCCUGCCCGACACUCCAACAAUAAUGUGAAGGAGGACUGAACUCUCCUGUUUGUGUGUGUGUGUGUGUGUGUGUGUGUGUGUGUGGAGAGAGAGAAAGCAGAAGCAUGGACGGACAAAGGCCACUCUGUUUGAAGCAGUUACAAAGAGUUCAGCUGGGCCUUGCUCUCUGGCAGCCGGCACUGAGCUGUACACACACACACACACACACACACACACACACACACACACACACACACACACACACACACACACACACACACACACACACACACACACACAGCAUCACUUGCCAGAGAUGCACUCCAUUGAAAUACAUAAAGACAAAUUGCUGAAAUGCAGGAACUACACAACAAAAAAACAACAACAACAAAAAACUUCUUACUCAGUAUUUUUAUCUUGUUUUCUUGUAUUUUUUUUUAACAUCCUUAAAACAAGAUACAUGUACAUCAGAAGCAAAAUGACAAGUUAUUAAGUCCCGUUUUCAGAGAAAUGUUACAAAAUUGAGUGAGCUUCAUACUUAAAAGAAGAAAAAAACUACCAGCAGUGUAUUCUUCUUACCCCAUUCUUUUUACAUACAUUUCAGUACAAAAUGAGAUAAUUAGCUUUUAAAGUAAAAGUAUCUUGUUUAAGAAUAAUUAGAAGCUUUACUGGAAAAACAUAUUGAGUAAGAAAAUGUUUUUUUGGAAGUGAAGAGCAGAUCAGGCUCAGCCUGAGUGACACUGUACUGCUUGCUGCACACGGCAUGGUACGUGUACAAAGAAAGAAGGCGACUAUGUGACACCUUUAGUGAGUAAAUUAAUGCUGCCCUUGUUUAAGGGUCUUUUAAACAGUUUAACUGAGUGCUAGAGGGGAGAAAGUAUCAUUAAUUGUAAUUUAAUGUUAACUAAUUUGUUUUUUAGGACGUAGCUGUGUGAUUACUUUAUACUGACAUUGACACCACAAGAGAAUGUAUUAAUAUGUUCAGUUGCUUUUUUUAUAAUAAAAAAAAGGUGUUAAUUGAAGUUUCAGAUUUAGAUUUGUAUUUGCAUUUUGCUUGUGCAUUUUGAUGAUGUGAAAUGACAAUGCUGUACUGAACGGUUCUGAGUAAUGAAUGCAAAUACUACAGCGAAGAUCAACUGGAUGAUUAAUCACACAUGUAGAGGGCAGUUAUUAGUAUUACGUAUUUUUUGGAUGGUGUUCCCUGUAUAAACAUAUUACAUGUUUUUGAAUGCAUUAAUGGGGAUUAAACACAUUUACUGCUACUUAAUAUAUGUUUACUUAUUCUGGGGAUCAGAAUAUCAUAGAGCAGGGGUCGGCAACCUUUUUGACAUGGAGUUCCAUUUUUUUAUUUUCAUGGUCAAUGGCUGUACCGUUUUUAACAUACCGUGUACCGUGUGUGGUUGCUAGAGGUUUGUGUGUUGUUACAUACAGGCCAUUGAAAAGAGCCCAUCCUCAAGUUUCUAUGAUCUGGUCCAUAGAUAUGGCUCUAGUCUAGGGUUGUCAACUGCCCUGUAUUAGCCAGGACAUCCUGGUUGUCUGCGAUUAAAUCCUAUCUUGGCAUAUUGUCCAACAUUUAAGCAAGUAUUUAAGGGUUACUAACUGUCCCAUAUUAGCUAGGAGGACACGUAUUUUGGCUGCAAUGAAGACCUAUCUUGGGUUAUUGUCCCAUAUUUAAGCAGGCAU